AGUACUGUAGUAGCAGUAGGAGCGGCGGCAAUGUCGGCCUCUGCAACGGCCCCUGCUCCCGCGGAAGCGACUGGCGGCGGAGGCGGCGCCGCUGGGGACAAGCAGCACUCCUCCUCCUCCUCCGCGACCGCCACGACGGCAUCCGCCAGCGCCACCGCCACCACCCCUGUCAAUGUGGAAGGCAUCGACCUGCUGGAGAAAUGCGCCGUGUGCCGCGAGCAGCUCCGCUCCGAGCGGGACCCGCGCCUCCUGCCUUGCCUGCACACCGUCUGCAGGGAGUGCAUCAAAGUGGAGCCCGCCCCUGCGGGCAACAACAAGGAUGGCCAAGUGGUUGACUGCCCUGUGUGCAAGCACCAGUGUUACUUAAAAGACAUAGUGGAGAACUACUUUCUGAGGGAUGGUGGCACGGAGUCUUUUGGAGAUGCUAGAGAUGCCAACCAGUGUUGUACUAGCUGUGAAGAUAAUGCCCCAGCCACCAGUUUCUGUGUGGAGUGCCAGGAGCCCCUGUGUGAAACAUGUGUGGAGGCUCAUCAGAGAGUGAAAUACACAAAGGAUCACACUGUUCGAUCCACAGGCGCCACCAAAUCCCAGGAGAGAGAGAAGACAGUGUACUGUUCUGUCCACAAGCAUGAGCCACUGGUGUUGUUCUGUGACACAUGUGACACCCUGACUUGCCGGGACUGCCAGUUGAAUGCACACAAGGAUCACCAAUAUCAGUUCUUAGAGGAUGCCGUAAAAAAUCAGCGCAAGAUGCUGGCUUCGCUAGUCAAGCGCCUGGGAGAGAAAAAUGCGAAUCUCCAGAAGUCAACCAAGGAAGUGCGCACCUCGAUUCGUCAGGUGGCAGAUGUGCAGAAGCGAGUGCAGGUGGACGUGAAGAUGUCUGUCCUGCAGAUAAUGAAGGAACUUAAUAAACGAGCCAGGGUGCUGGUCAACGAUGCACAGAAAGUCACCGAAGGACAGCAAGAGAAGCUGGAAAGGCAGCACUGGGCCAUGACAAAGCUCCAGCGCCACCAGGAGCAUAUCUUGCGCUUUGCAAACUGGGCUCUAGAGAGUGAUAACAACACUGCCUUGUUGCUUUCAAAGAAGCUGAUAUACUUUCAGCUACACAGGGCUUUGAAAAUGAUUGUGGAUCCAGUAGAGCCCCAUGGGGACAUGAAAUUCCAAUGGGACUUAAAUGCCUGGAUCAAAAGUGCAGAGACAUUUGGUCAGAUCGUCUCAGAGCGGAGCGGUUUGCCAGUGACUGCCAAUUCACAGCCUCCCCAACAGCGGGCCAAUGCUAACUCUACUUCAGCUGGCGGCGUGGCUGUCCGGCAGGGCUCUGUUCCACCUUCUCAGGGUGUCCAACAGAUGUCUCUGCAGACAAGCAUAAUGAAUAAGGGAGCUCUGCUUCAGCCUGUGCUGCCUUCCAACAGCCAGCGGCAGGCCAUCCCUGACUGCUAUAUCAAUGAUGCCAGUGCCUCUUCUGCUGGACAGCCAAUGGACAUCGGUGAUGGCUUUGGUGUAGAAGGAUCAUACUCUGGUGAAAUGUCUGGAAUGAAGAGGUCCCGUGGGCAAGAUGGAGAGGGUACUUUACGCAAAGUACCCCGUGUCAGUCUAGAGCGGCUGGAUGUGGACCUGACAUCAGAUAACCAGCCACCUAUCUUCAAAGUCAUGCAGCGCCCUACUACUGAAGAUUACAAUAUCUAUGUGAUUGAGCAGGGGGGCCAGCCAGGAGGUCUUCAGCCAGGAGGUCUUCCACCUGCAGUGAAGGAGGAGCAGAUGGAGGCGGCUAUUGAACAUCCACUUUUAGCUGCAGAUACUAAAGACACCAAACCAGUUUUGCCCCAGGAUGCUCUUCUUCCGGAAGGCUCCUCAGCUCCUCGGCUAAUUUCCCCCAGUGGCAGCACCAGCUCUGCUAUGGAAAUGCAGUCUGUUCACAGCCAUGAUGGCACAGCCAAUGGGGAAGAAGCUGCCUUCUGCAGGAUCUGCCUGAAAGCUGGUGCUGUGGUCAUGUGUGAUGGCUGCAAGAAGUGCUAUCACCUGGAUUGCCAUCUGCCUGCCCUUCAGGAUAUUCCUGGCCGGGAUUGGAAGUGUCUACUGUGUGAGGAUCCUGUUGUAGCCAUCGAAGAGGAUGGAACUGACUUGACUCCAAUCUUCAUAGAUGGGGAGCCAAAGACUCUCUCAGUUGCGGACCAGAAGAGAUGUGAACGAGUUCUCCUUGAGUUACUGUGUUUCGAGCCAUGCAGGCCUCUUCAUCGACUCUCCAAUGCUACAGAGGGGCAGAACACAAUUGACUUGACCUUGAUUAGAGCUAAGCUGCAACGGAAACUCUCUCCACCCUAUACCUCUCCUGAUGAAUUUGCAGAUGAUGUCUGGAAGAUGGUCAGGCAAUUCAAUACACUGACAGAGGACAAAGAAGAUGUCCAGUCCAUCAUUGUUCUGCAGCGCUUCUUUGAGGCGAAGUUAAGUGCUGCUUUUGGCGACCGGAAAUUUUCAGCACUGCGCGAACCCAUCAACGUGGAUGAACCGCAGAAAGAAAGUACCCUUCCUCCUCGUGGCUCCCUCCUUACUGAUUUGGGUGAGGCAACUACUUCUAAGCCUGAAGGGAGUGGUGGGGAUGAGGGAAUGGCAGCUUGAGGAGCUGCCACUUGUUAAAAUGGACCAGCAUUCCAAGGAGGAGAGGAAUUGGGGGAGCUACCAUCUUGAAGCUGCUCUUACCUGUCCCCACCCUCCACUUUUCUGGUCCCCCCUUUAUUCCCUUGCACCUCUCUGCCUUUUUUAUUUUUUUGAGAGUUAUUGUAGAACUUGGCAGCUUAGAUAAUGGUUAUAAAUGGUCUAAACUGUUCUCUUUUUUCCCUUCCUCCCCCCCCCUUUUUUUUUGGCUUGACAAAUUUUAUGCCCUUGUUCUGAGAGAUACACUUUGUGUUUUUUGUAUUGAAAUGGAAACGAAUGAAUAGAAGAAAUCCAGAACCCUAUGCCCUGUUCUCCUCUCAGACUCCUUUCUUGCUCCUAGUGGGAACAAAGUAGUGGUUCCCCCCCUUUUUUUAAAUCAUGCCCCAACAUUACCAAGAAGGAGGUUGUGGCCCAAACAUAAAAUUUGAUCUUUUUCAUGAAAUGGGUACAAAUGUGUUGCCAUAAUUAUCUUGACAGAUGCAUUUACUUUGGGGCCUCCUUGACACCUGUCUUUCUAAGGUGGUGGUUAUUCUUUUUGAACUCUUUUCAUGUGUCCAAACAAGGCUCCUUUGCUUUUCAUUCAUCUUGUUCAAGAGGAGACAUGUCUGUUUUCAUAGGUCAAGGUAGAUGUAGGUUUUUAAAUCCAGUUGUCCCUUCUGUGUAGCCGUAUUUUCUGGCUGUACGUAUCUUCAAAUGCUUUCUGGCACAGUAGUUUAUCCUCACUAUCCCAAGAGCCUUUCUCAUGGAAAUGUGCUUUUCUUUUUUUGCUUAUGUAUAUUUUAGACUUUGCUUCUUUCAUGUUCAAAAAAUAAACAAUGUUUGCAACUUG